AUGGGCUGUUGUAUUAAUACUCCUUAUAUCUAUCCUGAUGGAGGAAUCUAUGAUGGUGAAUUGAAAACUGGUCUUCCUGUAUGUUAUACUUUAAAUCUAGCAUGGAAAAGGCAAAAUAUAGUGGAAAAAUGGAGAUUAUUUUGAAGGAAUUUUUGAAGAUGGAAAAAAGAAUGGCAAAGGAAUAUUUAAAUGGAAUGAUUCAUCAUAUUAUGAUGGAGAAUUUUAGGAUGAAAAAUUUCAUGGCUAUGGAGAAUAUUAAUGGUAUGGAGGCAGACUCUUCAAAGGAUAAUGGGUUGAAGGAAGAAUGGAAGGACAAGGUGUAUUAAUUGAUGAUGGAAAACAUUAUUAAGGUACAAUUCUUUUAUGUAAUUAAAGGCUAGUUCAAAAAUGACAAAAAAGAAGGCUUAGGUGAAAUGACAUGGUCUAAUGGGUAAAAAUAUAUAGGAGAAUGGAAGAAUGGAAAACAACAUGGUAAAGGAAAACUUAUUGAUUCUAAUGGUAAUGUCACAGAGGGUUAAUGGAUUAAAGGCAAGAAAUAAUGA